GGCAUGCUGGCUGAGGAAUUCUGGGAGUUGAAGUCCACAAGUCAUAAAAAGGCCAAGUUUGAAGACUCCUGCUCUAAUACAACUGGCUGUUAUUCUCUGCUGAUUGACAGGGGCUCCCUUUAGAACCUUGACUGUGGCUGCUCCUGAGUGAUUGCUUUAUACUAUUCUCCCAAAGAAUGGCUGCUCCAUGUCCUAUAAAGAAAGUAACACUAGAUGGCGUACCUAUCAGACUUUUCCAUACUUCUGAAGGCUUCCACAGAGCUUAAUAGUCAUUGGUAGAAUAACAGCUGCAGGUUGUUCAAAAUUAGAAAUAUAAGUACAAUGUACAGAGAUUAUUGGAGAAUAAAUAACAGAAACAUGGGAAGCCAUUCCACUACUGUCAGCAUCGUUUGAGAAAGGAUCUUCAAGGUUUCUAACGAGAGAUCCUCCACAUUCACCUUGAAUGAGGCUGUGAUAUUGUACUUGCAAUGAAAAAUCCUUUACCACUCAAUUUCCAAAUCUAUUAAGGCAGGGGUCUUCAAACUUGGCCCUUUUAUGACUUGUGGACUUUUAACUCCCAGAAUUUCUCAGCCAGGCACACGUGCCUGGCUGAGGAAUUCUGGGAGUUGAAGUCCACAAGUCAUAAAAGGGCCAAGUUUGAAGACCCCUGUAUUAAGGGCUACUAGAUAAGCUACCUUUAACUGCCAUAUAGGGAGUGUCAAAACUUUCCCAGAUGUCUUCUCUGUAUUUUCUUGCUUCUUGCAUGUCCCUAUUGUGCCAACUGUAGCUUAGCAGCUAAAGAUGGCAGGCCUUCCCAACAGGUUUUUUUUUUAUGCAUAUGGCAGCUGAGCAUGCAGAAAACAUAAGAAUUCACUAAAUGUAAGUGCUUCUUCCAGUAUUGUAAUUUCCACUAUUGUAAUUUAUCACCCUACUUUUGCAGUGCCAUUCUGAAGGACAUUAUAAUUAAAAGGCCCUGUAAGAUUUGGUUUAGAAAUAAGCUAACUACUUUUAAUUCUCCUCUAUUAUUUCAAUGAAUGCAACAUUAGUUUUUCCCAAUCAAGACAAAUUUCUCAUAAACCCGGGUAGGUGAAUGAGAAAAAGUAGCUGAAAAAUAUAUUAUCAGAGGGUGAUAAGAUGCUUCUUUGUGAUGUCACUGCUGCCAUAGAAACUAUGUGUGCACACAAGUGAAAAUGACAUCUGGCAGCAGAAGAGCAUGGAAAGUUGAGAGAGGAGGCAACAUCUUCGGUCUGGCAGGGUCAUCAACGCAGUUCAGCUGAUAAGGAACAGCCUUAGAGUCUUAGGUACAUUUCCACUUCCAAGCCUCAGAAGAUGUCUCAGGAAGUUGAUUGGUUACACAGCCAAGCAGGUGUGUGUAAGGUAGACCUCUAUAAUCCUGGAGGAGGAAAGGACCAGGAACGCAAAGUCAUUUGUUUUGUCGAUGUUUCCAGUCUGAACAUUAAGCAAACAGAUGAUACAGAUAAAGAUGCUGCUGGCCAAUCCAAAAGCAGUGAAUCUGCCACAGGACUUGAUCUGGGGAAAAUGCAGGACAAAGAGGUCAUCGUAAUAAAAGACAGUGACACGCCAGAACAGUCUAAGACAGAAGGAGCAGUUUGUCUGUUCAAACAAGGUUCAACUGAAGAGCUUAACGUUGUGUCCUGGCUUUUUGACGACCUGCAAAAAUAUGCAUGUGGAUUUCAGCAUGCACUGUCCCCUUCAACGGCCCCUCCUGCACAAAAGCCAUCGGCAGCUGACAGGAUGUCCCAGAAUAACAACAAUACAGCUUUCAAAGCUUCUGAAGGACAAAAAGCACCAUCAGAUGAAGUAGCAAGCACUGUCCAAAAGCUGUGUACUUUGGUUAUGCAGAUGGCAAGUAAAGAGAUCUCUGAAAAUCUGGAAGAUGCUGCCAGCAAAUGUAUACGCCAGGCAAUUUAUGCUACUAAAGAUGGGAAAGCUCUUAAUCCCUCUGGUUCUGUAAGUAAGGUUGCAUCCAAGAUGGUGAAUGACGUUAUAGAAAAUGCUCAAGAUUCCAAUAAAGAUAAGAAAGAUGAGGGUAAAGGACUCCCCAAGAAAACAUCGCUUUUUUAUGGUGAGCUAUGUUCCAACGAAAGCGAAUCAACACCGGAAGAAGAAGGAAGAUCAACACAUGCCCAUCUGAUACAUCCAAGAAAACAGUUGUGCAAUGAUGGCACUAGUUCUUUUAACAAAGGGCUAAUGGUAUAUGCAAACAAAAACGCUAAGGAUAUGACGUUUUCAUUUGUGAAUGCAACCAAGAUACACAAAAGGCCACCACUCCCAGCCUGUGUGAUUCUGAAGAGAGUGUUUCUCAAACACACAAAGGAUGUCAUAUCAGACUUAAUUGACUCCACCAUGAAAAAUCUGCAUAAUGUCACUGGAGUCCUGAUGACAGACUCAGAUUUUGUGACUAUGGUGAAGAAAAACCUCUUCAAUGCAGGAACUCAGAAGUCAACUGAGAUUUUAGAAGCAAUGGUAUUAAGAAUGUAUAAUGCUUUGAUGUCGGAUACUAAGGACAGAGGGCAUAGUCUUGUAUACUCUUUAUUGAAAACAGGAUGUUCAUUAGACCCCAAUGCUCCAAAUAUGCACUUUGCAUCUUUGAAGGGUGGGGUCCAUAUGAGGGAAAAGGUAAAGCAAGAAGGACAGACAUCAGCACAAAAAGUAGGUGAAACGAUAAUUAAGGAUGGAAUUAGCAUGUUGAGAUCAAGAGCAGGAGGCAAGGGUUCAGACAGGGGAUGUCAUGAUAAGAGGCCAGAAAAAAGCAGCUCUACCACUGAGUUUCUAGCAAAAGACCUCAUUUUGACAGCUUUAAUGUUGAUACAACAACAUCUCUUAACGCAGUACAAAGAGCCCAUUUGUGAGUCAAAUACGUCUUCAUUUGGAUUUUAUGAAAAGGGAGGCAAACACGGUUCUAAAUCUCAUAGUUUCAGGAGUGAUCCACAACAGCAAGAAUACCAGAGGGGGGAAAUACAAAGCGCCCUUCUAUCAAUCAUCCAGAAGGUCCUACAAGAGGCUGGUUUCAAUGUAGAUGAGUGUGAAAUAAGCAAGAAUCCCAAGCAAAACUCGUAUGAAGAUAGAUCUAGUCGAAAACCCCCAUCCAGACAGAACGGUUCAGAUGUGGAUUCUGAAAAUAUGGAGCAAAUAAACAAGAAGUUCAUUGAUCAGCUGAUGGAAUCUGUGAUGAAGCUCUGUAUGUACAUGACUAAAAGCCCUGAUUUUGUUGUUGAAGAUUACUCUGACGAGCAAGGCACAUACAUCACAGCAAGAAACAAAGGCAUGUCAACUCCAGAUUCAAUGUUAUCCCAGAAACCUCCACGAACUAAUAUUGGAAAACCGCUCGUGCCGGCUGGUUCUGAGGUGAUUGUAAACAACCAGAGCUCUAACACCAGCUCACAGAACAGAGAACUCCAGGCUGUCCUCCAGUGGAUGGCUGCUUCUCAUUUCCAAGUGCCCAAUCUCACUUUCAUGAAUGAGAAUGAUGACGAGCUGAAGAAGCUUCCACAACUGGCUGACAAAGCAGCCAAGAAAGGUGCGAGUGUGGGGGAUAUUUUGCAGGAGGUAAUGAAGUAUUUCGAGAAACAACAGGUUGAUGCCGCUGUGGGAAAUAUGCCUCGUUGCGGACUACUUGACUGGUUGCUUGCUAAUCUGUAGACAAGUAACAACACCUCCCUCUCAUUGCUUCCACCCAGCAAAGUGCCAUCUUAAUUGUAAGAUGGAACAACACUACAGCUCAUUUUCCAUAGACAGCGGUUCCACAGGCUGUGACACACAAGCUGGGCAAAAUCACCAAUAAAAAAAUACAAAUGUCAACUGUUACUAAUUUGUUUAUUAUUUUUUAUGUAGAUAUUAUAAGUAAGUUACAAGAGUAAAAUCCUAAAAGUUUGUUUUUAAUGGAUUGUUAUAAAAGCAGUUGGGUAUACUGAUGGUAUUAUUUUUGACUUCUCUUUUGUUUAAUGGGCAUAAUUAGCAUCCUUUUACUUUAGGUCUAAUUAAAGUUCCUUUUUGCUUUCUUCUUUUUAUUACUAACCCUAAGCAAAUCAAAGUUGGAUAUUGAGAUUGUACUUGCUAAAUUUUUUCUUUUGAUAUUUCCAAUUUUUACUGUGUAUUCAUCAAAAUCAAUUAAAUUUUAACAUCUUUAUGAAAAUAACUAUGCUAAUAUAUUUAUUGAUAUUUAGUCACUCCGUUAUAUCAGUGCAUUGUACUAAAAUUAAUGAAAUAUGGUCAUUCUUACUGUUGACCUGAAACUGUUGUGCAAAGUUUCUUAUAUGUAUUUACACGUAGGCAAACCGUCUCUCUUUCCCUCUUAACACACACACACACAGACACACAGCUGUACUGAUCUGUCUUUGUUAAAGUUUCUUUUACUUUUAUUUGCCCCCCCUUUGUUGUUUCAUUAAUGGUCAUUUUUAAAAAUCCAUAAUAGUAGUGCUAAAACAAAUAUAGAGGGAUAUUUUAAUCCACAAUACAAAUUGUUAUGAUUUGUUUCUUCUGAAAACUUUAUGUAUACCUCUGCAAAAUUUGCCAUCUCACUCAACCAUAAAAUUCCUUCUAUUUUUCUGAUAUCAGUUUAUUAUUUAUAAUUAAGUCAGCCAAAGCUGUGUUCAUGCUUGUAUAAAUAACUGGAUUUUACCAAACACAAGAAUGUAGGGAUUUUCAUAGUUGGAUUAUUAAUAAUAAUAAUAAUAAUAAUAGUAAAGUUGGAAGGGACCUUGGAGGUCAUCUAGUCCAACCCCCUGCUCGGGCAGGAAACCCUACACCA